UCGCGAUUACACGCAGCGCAGAUGCCAAGCAAUCGUCACCUGGGGCGGUUGUUUGCGUCUCUGCUUCUGGUCAGUCAAUGUUUACACUGUCAUUUAGUGUACGAAUUCAGAUUCCAAAGUGCAAACAGUGGAAGAUAGUGAUCCCGUUAUCUGUAUGAAGGAGAUUGUCUACUUCCAUUGUCAUUCGGGAAAAAAUGGUCCCCAGCCGUACAGUGCUCGCUAUAUUAGUUUGCGUAGGAGCGGUGGUGAUCACUUGGCUUUAUGUAAACGAUGAGAAGCGAGAACACUCGGCGAAACCUCAUCGGCAGUUUGGAGCCGUUGCCUCCAAUGCCUACGAAUGUGCCUCGGUGGGUGCGAACAUUCUACGGCAAGGCGGAUCGGUAGCAGAUGUGGCCAUAGCGAUGAUGCUGUGUGAAGAAGUGGCUUGCCCGGAGAGUGCCGGUAUUGGAGGUGGAUUUCUACUGACUUACUACCACCGUGACUCGGGCAAGGUUGAAGUCUUCGAUGCACGAGAGAUCGCUGCACACGCGGCUUCGCAAGACAUGUUCGUAGAUCACAAGAAUGGAACGGCGCAUGGCGGCUUGGCUAUUGCGACUCCCGGAGCACUGAAAGGUUACUGGGUACUGCAUCAACGGUAUGGAAAGCUACCCUGGAGGUUGUUAGUGGAGCCUUCGAUUGAGCUCUGCUACAGUGGGCACACAGUUGAUCCGUAUAUGGCACAAGCCUUGCAGGAAAGGCGUGAUAAAAUUCUUAACACACCAUCGCUGCGAGAGAUUUUUGUCGAUCCAGAGACCGGAGAUGUGUGGAAAUUAGGCGACCGCUUCAGAAGACCCCAUUUCGCUGAAACUCUUAAAAUUGUAGCAGAUGAAGGGGCUGAUUCAUUGUAUUCCCCUAAAGGGUCUCUUCUACCGAAAGUGAUAUCAGAUCUAAAAGAAUUUGGAAGUAUUAUUACAGAGAACGACUUUUAUGAUUAUGAACCCCGUUGGCUUUCGCCAGUGUCUACAAAGCUAAAUGAUGAAACCACUGUCUACAGUGCAGCACUCCCAGGAGGGGGGACUAUACUCGUACAUAUGCUAAACGUACUUAAUGGAUUCGAAGAUCUUCACCCGAAUGACCCAAUUACUUGGCAGCGUGUUGUGGAGACUUUUAAACACGCAUACGGAGUUCGUACCAGAUUGGGUGAUCCUCCAUUCGUUGCUGGCAUCGAUAAAAUCAUACAGAAUCUGACCAGCAAACACUACGCUGACUACAUAAGAGAUAAAAUUAAAGAUGAUCAGACAUACACAAGUUACGACUUCUACGGUGCAGAUUUUACAACGCCGGAAGAUCGUGGGACGGCUCACGUUUCAAUUCUUGGACCGAAUGGAGAUGCCAUAGGUGUUACCAGCACCAUCAACGAUUUCUUCGGUGCCCAUUUGCGAUCCCCUCAAACAGGAAUCAUCUUCAACGGAGAGAUGGAUGACUUCUCGACGCCCGGUGUCAUCAACAUUUUCGGUGUACCAGCAUCACCGGCGAACUACAUUGCACCCGGCAAGCGACCACUAUCGUCCAUGUCGCCAACAAUAGUGAUUGAUCGGAAAGGGGACGUCCGGCUGAUUGCGGGAGGCGCCGGUGGGACACGAAUCACAACGGCCACUCUCCAGGUGGUCCUCAGGAAAAUAAUCUUCGGACAAAGUCUGGAGGAGGCGAUGGGGGGCUUUAGGGUGCACCACCAACUGGCACCGAUGCUGGUGGAAUACGAAGGAUCAGUGGAUCCACGGGUAAUUGACGGCCUCAUAGCUCGAGGCCAUAAGAUGAAGAAAGUUAAACGAGUGGGGACAAUGACGGCAAUAGCCAAGGAAGAUGACGAUCGAGUGACAGCAGCGUUUGACCCCAGAAGACCGGGAAGUGCGGAGGUUGUUGAGUUUUAGGUGGAUGUGAAAUACAAAUUACGACAACGUGGCAGAAAACCCUAGUAA